AUGCCUCCGCCCGCGUCUUCGACUGCUUCGAGCACGAACCAUAAUCAUCGCGAGUCGAUGGUGAUCCCUGGUACUCAUUCGCCGACCCCGAUCCCGAACCCGAGCUUGAACCCGACUUUUAGCGACUCGGGCACGGUUUCGACUCAGGCCGGCUCACAGACUUCGCGGAAGACGAGUUCGCGUCGUUUAUUGACGAAACAACGACCCUCUGCCAAUGGGAAACACGGACAUGCUCAUGGCGAUCCCCAGCAACAACAACAGCAACAGCCCGAAAGGCCGACUCAUUCGAGAGAAGAAGGCUCGCUCGUCAUCGUCGACGCUGAUAUACCCCACAUUAACGGCAUCGACAUCGACCAUGAUACCCAACAGCAAUCACGCCAGACGCACAAGCACAAAGCCGGCAUCCUUUCGAUCGACGAGGAUCCGUUCGCCAAGUCUCCCAUUCACGCACCCGUUCCUAGUAAGGCUCCAUCGCAGAAGAGCUCGACUCUGGCUUCUCGAUCUGACGCUAUCAGCACCUCUUCUGCAUCUGAUGUGAUGGCCAACAACAACAACAAAGGCGGGGAGAUGAGUCCGAGCGGCAUGGUCAUGGGGAUGGAGAUGGAGAAUGGGCAUGGGCAUGGGCAUGGGCGAACGCCGCGGAGGGCCAGGGAGGGCCACAACGAUCAGCAUCAGAAUCAGAACCGUCGCCAGAGGAGGAUGGGCGUGAGUGAUGAGGGGGAGUUGGGUGAUGAGGAUGAUGGGGGAGGCCGACAUGGGUAUGGUGGGGAACUGAACGGUUCCGAGGACCAUAGUCACUAUAGCGCGAGCAUCGGGAGCGGUGGCGGUGGCGGUGGCGGUGGCGGGAUCAGCAUCAACGGGGCCACAUCAAACGGACACGGAUACUCAUCAUCAGCGCCCUCUGUCGUUGAGAAGAGAUCGUACCGGAGCGGACACGGGCACGGAUAUGGACUUGGCCGUUCAGGAUCAGGAUCAGGAUCAGUGUCCGGGUCGGAGGAUCAACACCGUGGUAGGAGGAUGAUGCUUCCGUCCGGGGUCGAGGAGGUCUUGUCUUCCGAAGUGGAAACCGUUCCGGAGGUCGACGAGGACUGGUCGUGGUACCCGCUCGUCAAGCAUCUCAGCGAACCUGCGCUCCUCGCGGCGUUACUCAACGAGUUAUCCUUCCCGGAAUGGAUGGCGCUUUGGAGCCUGACGAAGGAGGUCCGGACGAUGUUCGAGGAGGUGAGGGAGUUGAGGGAAGUGGCGCUCGAGCGAUAUCUUGGCAUCGUUGGGUAUGUGAGGUGGAGGUGGGAGCCUCAUACUCCGGAGCCGUUGAGGUUGACGUUGAAGGAGCUCGCGAUGUAUAUGCGGGGCGUGUCGACGCCUCCGUUCGAAUACACUCAGACGGCGGCCGCGGCGUUCUUACCAGAGAAGACAGAGGAACAGAUCGACGAGGAGAGAGGGUUGAAGAAGGGAGCGAGGGCUUAUACGAGGCUUGUCAUUCGCUUGAGGGAGCAGGCAGAGACGGAAGCGGAGCAGGUCGCCAUGAUGAGGAGGGCGCCUUCGUCUCUCAACGGACAUAGUCCAGUCACUACCCCGGGUGGAGGUGUCGUUGGAUCCCGUCGUGCCAGUGCCGGAGGCCCUCCGCCCGCUUGGGGCUCAGUCCCGCCUCGCCGUGCAUUCUCUCGACAGUCCACUCGUGCACCCUCGCCCUCGUUCUCCAUCUAUGCGCAUGGACAUAACAAUGCGCCGCGGGAGGAUCCGGCGCCUUUCCUCAUCGGUGCCACUUUCAGGAGUCCCUUGUUCAGGCUGAGGAGGGCGCCUUUGCUUAGAGUUUUCGUGCCUUCAGCGGAGGGAGAGUGGUUGAGCGAUGAGGCCAUUUUGGAAUGUGAGAACGAGCUGAAGAAGGCGGGAGUGGUGGCGUUGUUGAGGCCGGGCGAUAUCGUUUGGGAUACGGCGUUGGGCGACGAGGGUAACGUUGGGCGGCUGGCCUGGGAUGGCAGAUACUUGAUCGACCUCGAUUUCACGUAUUCUGAGACAGGCGACCUCCCGGCCUAUCUCCCUUCGCUCGCGUUCCCGCCACCGUACUUCCAUCGAGUCAUCCGCACCGCCGGAGAACACAACAAUCCCGUCUGUCACAUCGACGUGUCGCCAUGGGGGAACGAAAUCAUGUCGCACUUGCAGCUGCUGCAGGAUCGAGUCAAGACCGAGACGCCCCAGGGAAGCGUCCACAUGGUAGUCCACUGGGUCCACCGUUCCUCUUUCAGGAUUCGGACGCCGCCACCAUACCAAACCCAGUCUCAACGCUCACUCCCGGGCGCACCGCUUCUCGUGCUCCCGACCAAAGAGCGACGGCCGGUAGAUAUGGGUUGGGUGGGCACCGUGGUCGUCGAGACGGAGGGUACGAACGAGGGGCUUGCGGAUUUGAAGGGCAGGUGUAGGGGUGGUUAUCCCUCCAGAAAGGGCUCGAAACGAGUUGCGGAUGGUGCGGAGAAUGGGGCGAGCGGGGAGGUGCCGAAUGUUGGCGAGAGGGAGAGGUGUGUGUGGAGGAUAUUGAGGGAGAGGAGUCGACCGGGAGAAAUAUGGCUCAAAGCGGUCACCUCCAAGGAACGGCUGCUUCCUUGA